CCCGCAUCCACACUCACGCCUCUCUCACGACCGAUCACGAACGGGCGACGCCUUGUGCCGUCAGCCAUGCCCACGAUGCUGCACGUCAUGACUCUCCUGCCGCUGCUGUUCCUGGCGCUGCUGCCCUGCAUCCACGGCGCCGCGCUCACGACUGUGCUUGCGCCGCAAGAGCGCUCCUGCUUCUACGCCUGGGUCGACAAGGCCGGCGAGAAGGUCGGCUUCUACUUUGCCGUGCAGAGCGGCGGUAGCUUCGACAUUGACUACCACAUCGCCAGCCCGAGCGACAAGGUCGUGCUUGAGGGACAGAAGGAGCGGCAGCUCGACGUCGUCUUCACGGGCAACGAGGUCGGCGAGUAUGCCUUCUGCUUCGAGAACGACAUGAGCAACUUCAACGAGAAGAUGAUCGACUUUGACAUCACCGUCGAGUCCGAGCCGCGCCUCGACGCGCCACUUUCGGGCGCGGCGCUCCUGACCGAGCACUCUGCGCCGCUGGAGGACAGCAUCCAGAAGCUCGACGGGCAGCUCACGCAGGUGCAGCGCACGCAGCGCUACUUCCGCGUUUGGGAGAACCGUGGAUUCAGUACCGUUCGGAGCACUCAAUCAAAGCUGCUGUGGUACAGCAUCAUCGAGUCGCUGGUGGUCAUCGGCCUCUCACUCGGCCAGGUGCAUCUCGUGCGCCGCAUGUUCGAGAAGGGCAGCACGCGGCGCUACCGCGUGUAGAACACUGGUGCGGAGGAAUAGACGAGUCUGCUUUA